AUGCCCGAUCUUGUUUUCAUUACGGCGACCAAUCGGCUGAUCCCCGAUGACAAACAAGCCAGGAAACUUAUACGGAAGCAGGCCAUGAGCAAGCCUGCCCAUGCCAGACGGAAACGAGGCGGUUACGGACAGCAUAACCUGAUACAAUAUCCAGUUGGAAUAAUCAACGAAAAAGAGAGUGAAAAGAGAUACUAUGCCGCUUGGGAGGCAAUCCGGGCCAUUGUACCGAGCCUACCGAGCUGCUCGUACGAGAAAUUGAGGACGCGGUACAACUUUGAUCUUCUUGAUCUGUCACAACUGACCUCAUUUCACAUCAGCUACGCAACGGCAAGCUCUCUUGCCAGCAAGCCCGAUAUGUUAAGCGACGUUCUCGGCCGCCGGCAUUGGUCAUACUUGAACUAUCUGCCAGGCCGCAUCGGGCAAAACGGUGCUCUGGACAAGGCUGCUGCAUGUGUGGCCGCUAGAGCCCAGCAAUGGCUUGCUUCUCCAUUGGAGCCGGUAUCCGGAACCAUAUUGAAGCUAUAUUCGGAAGCAUUGACGGAUCUUCAAGCCGAGCUGCAGUGCCCUGACGCGUGUCUUGGACCAGACGUGCUCUGUGCCACGGAGCUUCUUGGAAUAUACGAGUUAUUGAAAAUGUCCACUGAAGACGCUUGGAACUAUCACUCCUCAGGAGCAGCAGCACUGAUCAAGCUGCGAGGCCCUGAACGUUGUCAGAGUGACUUCGAGAAGGCACUACUGCUAUCCCACGUUGGUCAAAUUUUCCACGACGCGCUUAAUGUUAAUCAGAGUUGCUUCUUGGGUGAUGGCGGAUGGCAAGCCGUGCUGCGCGCAAUACCUACAAACGACAAUCUCUUUGACGACAGAAGUGAGCCAAUUGUGUCGUUAUUAACCAACAUUUGCCAUGUGCCAGAGUAUUUCCAUAAAACGACGCAAAUUAUUUGCAUCACCCGCGACGAUACUCCAGACUACUGGAUUGAUGAUGUUGUGAGCAAUCUACAUCGACUCCGGCACGCAUGCUUGCAAUGGCAAGAGGAAUAUUUUGGAUCAGCUGCAGCGGGCUGUCCUAAUAAGCCAAUAGAUACAGACAGGCAGCAUGAGGCACUCGGAUUCAGCUUUGCCGUCUCCAUCGUAAUCAAUCGAUUGCUCUUCAGCUUGGACCCGAUAGCGAAUGCUUAUUGCGAAGAGACGGCACAGAAGUUUGCAUCGAAAAUCCUUCAGAUCAAAAAGAUCAGUUUGUCGAAUGAAUCUCAGGCAGAGCUUUUCAUGGCGAUCAAACUCGGUGUUGCAAGGACUGCCCAAGCCACAGCAGCAAAGUGGAAUGACUGGUCUAAGAAUGCUCAGCUUGAGCCUUCGACCAGAUCUCCUCUGAUGCCGAAAGAAGUCUUCGCCGAUUGGUGCCGCAGAAUGAACUGGGAGACGCCUUGA